AUGGCGAGGAAAAACUACUUAGUAUGGACAUGUUUUGUAUGGUGUAUUUUGAUUGGUUUGUUCGACCUGCGAAUUCACGGUAAGGAUUCUUCAAUAAAACUGGGCACGUGUGUUAACGAAGAAAGUGAAGAUGGCUUUUGCGACAGUAAUGAUGAAAACAAGUAUCUUGAAAAUAACGAAAAUUUGCAUGCGGAAGAAACUAAGGGAUCAACAUUACAGGAAAAAGAAGAAAUAACGACUUUUAUCGAGAAUUCUGAGGUCAACAUAUCUGAAAGUGAAGUUAAUCAAUCAUUAUUGGGAAGCGAAGAUAAACAAACAGACAUCGCUGACAAUUCAACCGAUGAUUGGCUCGGACUACGUAUUCCGGUUGUUGAUGGAGUUGAGGUAAGUACUAAAUCAGAAUUUUAUGUAAUUACUUCUUCUAGACGAAAAAUUUUGUUAUUCAAGUAGCUAAGCUACGUACAUUAUCCAUGCAACCUAUUUAACACGGACAUCCCCUUUACACGGAGUCUUCGGACGACAUAUAUAUACACAUGCGCAGUGCAUGUAUGACCACUGUUAUGACAUUUUCGCAAAAUUAUAAUUACAAUAAUGAAGAUAAUGAUGUCAUCAUGUCCUCAGAACUGUAUUUAAGCCGCUUUUUUGUCUAUCAAUAAACAGGUUGGUCAUGUUCAAGAAGUUGAAAUUCUUCCUGGGGUCAAACGGCAGAUGAAAACACUGAGCAUGCGUCCACUGGUAUUUGGUAAGAUGGAAAUACAAUAAGUGACUUGAAUUUUACAAAAGUAUACCGAAGUUAAUACUCUGGCAAUUAACACUUCAAAACACGAUAUUCUUCACCUUUUUUUCAAUGCAUUUUCUAGGAUCACUUCCUUUAUUUCUGUGACCUUCAUGGAAUGUUAAAAAGAGCGAGCUGCAGUGUUGAAGGUCAAGCAUGAGAUUUUUUUGACAAGUAAACAGCUUCAAAAACGUCCCUGAAGUAUUUAUUUCCUAUAGAAUUGUAAAAUCCAGUGUACACCGGUCUAUUUCUCUUUUUAAAAUGUGUUAAUUGGAAACUGUCAAACAAAGGCAGCGUUCUCAAGAGCAGUUGUACAAAUGAAUUCUGAAACUGAAGUUCCGAAGGUCUACUUGCCUUUAAAUACGAUGCCACAACCCAAAAGAAAUUUCAGAAGUUAAUAAUCGUGAAAGAGGGAAACAUCGAACGAGGAGACACACUAAAGCUAACUGCACAAACACAUAAAGGACAGUGAUAACUUUUACGAAUCUCCAAUUGGUAAGAAUUGUUUGUGACUCAUUUCGCUGACUCUUUCUUGGCUCGUAAAACAAUAGUACCUUGAAAUAAACUGGUUGUGGUGUUUUCUCGACUAAAAAUCUUUAUUUUUUAUUGUAAAUAAGCCCUGACCGGACCAUUGCUUUAUUAGUUCGUUUAAGGCUGAACAUCUUUUUGGCUUCUGCAGAUAUUUUGAUGAAUUUUUGACUUUAUCAUUUAUUUGCAAAUUAGAAUAACCAUUUUAUGAUAAAAUUUAAUGUUCAUUACUAUUCUUCAAUGGUUAUCAACCUAAUCAGCAUUCCAUUGUUUCAGUCAUUCAACCUCAUACAAUUUCCCCCGAGGCUUAAUUCAAAUCCUUCUUAUCCUCUGACUUUUCAGAUGAAUUUUAGCACGUAAGAAAUAAGGUCAGUGAUUCAACCCUUGCAUUCAACAGGACAAUAUACUGACUAUUUAUCAGUUGUUGAAGUGUUCUAAUCAGUAAGUUUUUAAGAAGAAAUUAGACGCUGGGCACGUUUAGUGGUUAAGGUUACAGAAAAUUCGAUUAUCCAAUUAAACUAUUUUCGAGGAGGACGGUGCGUGGACAACUACAAGUAACAUCCUAGAGUUCUCUGAGGCAGUCCCUGCUGCAAAAAUUAACUUUUAUUUCUUAUUCUCCAGAGAUUCCUGAUUUUCUCGAUGCUGACGAAUGUGAACUUAUCAUAGCACUUGCUGAGAAUAAAAGGCUUAGAGAUAAUCCUAAAAGAACGGAUAGUAGAGGAAUCUUAUAUGAGGAUCCUGUUAACACUUUCAAGUUGUGGGACUUAAAUGGAGAUAAUUACAUUGACACAGAAGAGGUUAGUGGAACUGUACACCCUCUUAAAUCAAAAAUUAUCUUCGUAAGUGCAUACUGUUGCUUGUUGAAUCCACUGCAAUCAUCAGUCGUUUCCAAGAACAAGUUUUCCCAUUUCACUUUUUCUGUCUCUUUGCCGGACCUAUAGAUCGUCAGAGAUUUGUGCAGAAACAUCCCUACCAACCAAGAGUGGUAUUUGAGUAAAUAGUUUGCAAUAUGAGGCGGGCUGCUCCUCCUUGAACACACUUCCAUGAGCUCGAAGUUUAUAUAUAUUUCUUCAGGCCCGAAAUUGGGAAGAUGGGAUGGGAGGGGAGUUAGUUUGUACUUUUGCAAGGAAAAGAGAGACUGUUUCAUGCUCCACCUACUUAUGAAACACUUUCAGUGAAUGCGCACACUCCGUUGCACAUAUAUAUUUUUUCAAUUACAGAUCGUUCUGAUUCCUGGAAAAAUGGAUCUCAAGUUUACGGAGAUAAACGCCACUGAAAUGUAUGUCGUCAACUUAAAAUCCCACUUUUCACUCUUUCGGUCUCUAUUCACACUCGAUUAUGCCCAGAAUGCGGCUUAUUGGAUACCUACUAGACUGUACUGUAAUAGCCGACGUCUAAAGUUGCUAAUGAAAAUUAUUAUGGCUUUAAUCAAAGCUGUAAUGUUGGUGAGCAACUCAUAUUUUCACUAAGUACAUGCAGUUUCUGUAAAAUACGUGAAUAUACUAGUCGAGGGUUUUGCCUUCCCGCGUCACUGGUUUAUUGUAUUUUACACUGAGAGGCUUUUCUUUGAUUUUAAAUUGACAGGAGGAAGUCAUUAGAAAUGGAUAAAGAUGACAACGGUUUGUAAACUUUUCCUGUUUCAUAACAUUGUCUUUGUGUCAUAACUGGUCACAUUUUAUCCCGGUUUCCAAAGCAUAAAACGAUUUUGAAUAUUUCUAUCUGCACCCCGGACAGGAUGCUAGUCCACCCUUGGGUUACCCCCAACGUUAAAUUGGCGAUACUUAUUUACACACGGGGGUGGUGCGAGGCACCGUGAGAGUAACGUGUCUCACCCACCCUACCCUACCCUAUCAAGGGCUGAACACGGAGACUCUCGAUUUGAACUCCAAACCGCUAGCCAUUAGGGACGGACCAUUAGAAAAGUUAUGGGGGGGGGGGAAUUUUCGAACCGCGGGAAUUUUUUUUCGUUAUCAAAUUCCUUGUAUGAAUUUUUUUUAGGCCGUAGCAUGAAUAUUUUUUAGGGUUAAUCGGCGUGCAUGAAUUUUUUUCAUUUAAUUCUCCCUUGCGCGAAUAUUUUUUUUUGUACUUCGCCCACCGCGGCCCCCCCCUCCCAUAAGUUUUCUAAUGGUCCGUCCCUUAGGUCAUCUCGCCUCUCAUUCGUUCACCUCGAGUCUGAUUCAUCAUAUUUUAUCGUCACCAUCAAUAUCAUGAUCACUAAUUCAUCAUUAUUUUUAUGAUUGGGUAACCAAAUCUUGCUUGGAUAUUUUUUUUUAAAAUCAGGGAAAAUUGACUUGACUGAGUUCAAGAGCAUAGAACUUGAGAGGAUGCAAGAAUACAUAGCGGCUCUUUUGAAUGAUUCUUCAUUAAGGCGAAUAGCCAGCAGCAAGAUUUCAUGGUUAUGGCACGAUGAAGAUGAACUGCUAAGAUAUCAGCCGGAAUUACUUGACGGAUUUCACGAACGGUACGUGCACACUACAACAGGCACCUUGAAGUGCUCCCUUCCAUUCGUAAUUCCUUUUCUUUGACCCUAUUAAAGGCGGACACCCAGUCCCUAGGAUGGAUUCUUUGGUGUCCGUCCAACCGGGGCGUCCAACUUCAACAGAGUUGACUGUACGCCUGUAUUUGACAUUAUUAGGGUUUGUAUAAAGAGAUUGCUUUGUGUUAAACUUGCUCCCACUUAGUUUCUAAUGGUAAAUUCCAUUUUCCUUCUAGCCUACAAGCAAUUACCAAGAUACCAAAGGAGAUAUUACAAGAAAGUGAACCAAUGCAGGCAAGAAUAUGACUUUACUAAGCGUACUUCAGAGAUACCAAUUAAAAUUUCUUCACUAUAUUUAUCCCAGUCUUAACUUAUGUUCUGGUUUGGAGUCAGCCCUCGCAAGGUGAUUUCGAGGGGUUCGGAGACACCUAAGACCUCCCAAGAAAUAAACGGCAGGCUAAAGGGUUUUUUUAAUUACCCACCAGCGUUUAAUAUGUUCCUUUAUUUACCUGUGAUCAUCUGAUUCCAAAAACGAAAACAAUACUGUCUGACAGAUAAUUCUAAAUUAAAUAAAUUUAAUUUUAGGUGUCACAAUACGAAGAAGGUAGUUAUCAAUAUUGUCAGCAAGACAGCGAGCCUACAAUUAAAGGAGUCCCGUGCUGUCUCUAUGGCGACAUGGAUCAGUGCAGAAUAUGCAGGUAUCUCAUUAAUCUUAAAAAAGAAUAUUUCUAUAAAUGACAGGAAAAUAAAUCAGUAAUUUUAUGAUAUAAUAAAGUGAUUAAUACAAACUAUAACCCUAAUUUAUUUUCAUUAAAAUCAAUCAUAAAAAAAAUAUAAAAAAAUAUAUAAAUAUUUUUUUCUUUAUAAUGACUAAAAUUAAUGUCUCUUUAUAUUUUUUUGGAAGGUUUAUAACAAUAACAUAUUUUUUAACUGAUGUUGACGAUGGAGGGGAAGUUGUUGUACCACUUGCCAACAACAAGUUUGAGGUAUUUUCCUCCUAGUUUUGUGUAUACGGACCGAUAUGCAUUUCAAAUAUGUUGAAAGCUUUAUUUCACGUGUACAUCGUGAAACUAAACUUGGUUUUUAUGAGUGGUGUUCACUUUAUGUGUCGCUAGUAAUUUCGUGAUUGCCAUGGUUUUUCGUUUCUAUUUUAAGAAUUGUUUAAAAACUUACCUUUUUAAAAUGGCUUUUAACUUAGAACUAUUUUUUUUCUCUACAUCUUAACCUUUAAACUUGUUAAUUGUCUAUACUUAGUUAUACUGUUAUACUUUUGUAUGAUAUACUUUUUAUGUUUUUAUAUUUUGUAUCACUUUUCAUAUUUUUGUAAAUAGUGAUGAUGGCGCUAUAUAAUGUAUUAUUAUUAUUAUUAUUAUUAUUAUUAUUAUUGUUAUUAUUAUUAUUAUUAUUAUUAUUAUUAUUAUUAUUAUUAUUAUUAUUAUUAUUAUGCGAUUUUUGACCCACUUUCAUGACCGAUCCGAGAAGUAAUCUAAAUACAAUAUUGACUUGCACCUAAACGAUUUCUCUUGCUUUGUCCCGGCUACACGUAUUUACUCCUAGUUUCCAUAGGUUCUCAGUUUUGCCCACCCUGUUGUGCCAGACUAAAGUAAUAACUUUUGAGUUUGGUUCUACUUUAUUCAGUAGGACGAUCUCUAUUCUACAUCAAUAAGAACCUUUUCUUAUUUUUUAGGAAGACGUUAUGAAUAAUUCAGGAAACUGGACGGGUUUCUUUACUUACGCCAAGACCACUGGAAGUCGCAACUCUUUCAAGGUUGACAUCAAGUUUAAAGUCGACGGAGCUAACAAAAUUCUUGUCGGUAAAGGUCAUGAUGCAAGCGGUGCAUUCGAGUUAAUUGACAGUUUAGUGACUGGGGACAUUGUCCGAUUUCGUAAAAAGUACCUUAAUCAGGAGAAUAAUGAUAUGCUGAUUAAAUAUGCCGGAAGAUUAAAGGGUAAUGCUCAGAUAGAAGGAAAAUGGUGGAUUCCAGGAGAGAAGAAAAUUCAUGGAUUUUUCUUCAUGCGUUAUGAGGCCUAUGAGGUAUGCUCGAGAUCAAAAUCUCAAUUUUUCGNCAGUUUUGCCCACCCUGUUGUGCCAGACUAAAGUAAUAACUUUUGAGUUUGGUUCUACUUUAUUCAGUAGGACGAUCUCUAUUCUACAUCAAUAAGAACCUUUUCUUAUUUUUUAGGAAGACGUUAUGAAUAAUUCAGGAAACUGGACGGGUUUCUUUACUUACGCCAAGACCACUGGAAGUCGCAACUCUUUCAAGGUUGACAUCAAGUUUAAAGUCGACGGAGCUAACAAAAUUCUUGUCGGUAAAGGUCAUGAUGCAAGCGGUGCAUUCGAGUUAAUUGACAGUUUAGUGACUGGGGACAUUGUCCGAUUUCGUAAAAAGUACCUUAAUCAGGAGAAUAAUGAUAUGCUGAUUAAAUAUGCCGGAAGAUUAAAGGGUAAUGCUCAGAUAGAAGGAAAAUGGUGGAUUCCAGGAGAGAAGAAAAUUCAUGGAUUUUUCUUCAUGCGUUAUGAGGCCUAUGAGGUAUGCUCGAGAUCAAAAUCUCAAUUUUUCGUCAAUUUUGGUCUGUUUCUUAAUUCCACUUUUUAGCCCCUUCAGUGAGGUCAAUCAUCAAGCCAAGGUGUCGCUAAUUUUCAGUGCAAUAGAAAUAGAAAGACACGCACUAGACGUCCCUUAUUUCGGAUCCCUGUUUUUUUGUUCCUUAAACUUGUUUCGGAUGUCACCUAAUUAAAUGAAGAUAACAUUUUCCCUUAAAAACGAAUGGACGAACGUAUUUAGUUAUCAACAUCACUUUCCCAUUUAAUUCCUGUGCUGGUUUGUAGCUGACGUAACGGCUGACGUCACGCAACUGACGGAACGGCGGCCAUAUUGGUCUACAAGAACAAAAGAACUCUUUUUUCAUGCAACCUCUCCGAAAAAAAAAGUUAUUGCUCUGUCAAUCAACAUGGCCUCCUCGUUACGUGGUUGAAAACCAAGAAAAUUGACGAACUUAUGGUCUCGACUUAUCUUUUUGUUUCAUUUUCGUUACAGAAAUGGAUGAAUGAUGCGCUAGGAAAAUGCAACUCGUAUGAAUAUUGCUCAAAGGGAAAUCUAGUUAUCAAACCUCAAAGAGGCAAGGCUAUUAUGUGGUAUAACCACGUGAUCAAUGACGAAGGCAACUGGAUUGGAGGCUUAGAUAACAGGAUGCAUUAUGGGCAUUGUGACGUCAGUAGUGGAGAAAAGUGGAUAGCUACAAAUUGGAUUAACGUAGAUGGCGAGGGAGACAUGGAAUUACGAGCUUGGAGAAAGGGAAGCAAUCUUUUAUCGGUUGCUAGAAGGCACGGAAAUCAGAACAUACUACAAAGAAUGCAAAAAAGUAGAGACAGAAUUAAUACCGACGUCAUCGAAGAAGAAAUGCAAAGUGAUAUGGAAAACAAUGAAGAAUGGACGUUUCAUGAUUCUCAUCCAAAGGAACGACAUGUUCUUAACGCUGUGACGUCCCUUUUGGAAACCCUUAAGGAGGAUGAACUGCGAAGUGUAUCUAAAAAAGUGCACGAGAAACUUGAGAUGUUGUGUGUUCCUCUGGUGCUGAACCAAGGAGGAAAAAUUUCCUUAGUGGAUGGUAGUAAGGCAGAUUGA